GCAGGGAGGAAACAUUUUCCCUCUGGAACUGUCCCCUGUUGGUAUGAUGAUCACUACUGCUGGGUCACACCAUGCACAGGAGGCAGAAACCCAGUGCUCCAGAGCCCAAGAGGGAUCUUGCAGCUCGCGGAGGAGCUCUGUCUAUGUCCCACAAUGACACACGCUCUUUUUUCAACUUCUCUCAGCUUGUGCUCUCUGCUGGUCAUCUGAAAACACCACCUGUGCUCAAACAUUCAAAAAUUACUUACUUCGAAGUGGAAAUUCUUGAUAUGCAAAGUAAGAAACAGAUCUGCAUUGUGGACAAGGUGCCUCCAUCAUCUACUCUUCUUGACGUGAAACACAAAUUUCACAAAGCAUGCUCAACAAGCCCAACCCUCUCAGCCUGUCCUAAUAUGGGAGGUGUCCCAGUCCUUGGAUCAUCUUCGUGGCCCUUCUCUGCACACUGUCUAACAGAUCCAUGUCCUUCCUGUGCUGAGGACUCCAGAACUGAACACAGUACUCCAGGUCCCCAGUGGUACCCUUCCCGUGUUGGCCUGCAACUAGAACGCAAUGGGCCCUAUUUGAAAGAUUCCAUUAACAUUCAAAGCCUUGCUGUUUCUUCCAUCAUUACACUAUAUUUCACAGACCUGGGUCAGCAGGUCGGUUGGACCACAUUUUUUCUAACAGAAUACACUGGGCCUCUUCUAAUAUAUCUGCUCUUUUACAUUCGCCUCUCAACUAUUUAUGAUCAAGUGGAAAGUACGAAGAACUUCCGCCACCCCGUGGUUCACUUGGCUUGCUUCUGUCAUUGUUCACACUACAUCAGACGUCUUCUGGAGACAUUAUUUGUUCACAAGUUUUCCGGAGGGCACACUCCUCUGAGAAAUAUGAUAAAGGGCUGUGCCUUUUACUGGGGAUUCACUUCCUGGAUUGCAUACUACAUUAACCAUCCACAGUAUACUCCACCGUCAUUUGGCCACAGACAAGUUUUUUUUGCUGCCCUUGCUUUUCUGCAUUCCUUGAUAUAGAUUCUAUGGAAAAUGCUGCCAUCAAACAAAGAAAUGGGUCCUGUUGGGAUUCUGAAUUCAAGCAGCUUUUUUGUGAACUUCCUACCCAUGGAAACUCCAAACCUUUGCCUUUCAGACCUUGUUCUGGAAGCUUCUCAUGCAAUGAAUUUAAAACAGCAACUUAAAAUAUAAAAUUAUUUGAAGCUGUUUUCCAAGGUUUCUAAAACACAUGAAAAAAGUAUUUGGAAGGUUUCUUUUUCUCCCUCUCUUAAUGCUUGUUUUUAUUACAUAUCCCGAUUUAAGUGCAUACAUCUGCAGCUACUGUUUACAACAGUGAGUAAUUUGAAGGCUGUCAGCAGGCUUUUCUGAAAGAUUCUCAUGUUUAGAAAAAUUAAUCUAAGCUUUGCAGGGAUGUUUUUCUCACAGGGUACACAUAGUAUAUGAAGAAGGGGAACAGCAUGUAGACUUCUAUAUUUUAUAAUCAUUAACAUGGUAAGCCUUUUCCCUGCUGUUCCCCACUGCCCCAUAUUUUAUAUCUGAGACACUGACUAAGGAAUAGCUUAUAUUUAGCACUACUUCUUGAUAUUGAACAUUAGCAGCCACGUUUCUAAAGAGAGAAAUAAGAGCUAAUUACAGCAGAAUGCAACUGCAGGGUCAAAGGUAAGCGAAUAAAAAAUCCCUGCAGAAAUGCCCUUUGCUUGUUUUAUUUAGAAUUGAUUUUAGCAUUUGUAGGUAUUAACUGUAGUCCGUGAAUCUUCCUUGCUUUUCAAUAGCGUGGGCAUUGCAAAUUUCAGUAUGUAUAGUGUUCCACAAACCACUUUUAACUUUGAAACAUUUUUCUUUAAAAUAGUAGUUAACAGAAAAAAAAUGAUGUUUCUAGCUCAUAAUUGGAAGGAUGUAAAUUAAAAUUACUUCUAUGGCUAUGCUUAGAAUUAUAGCUUCUGAUAUGGUAUUUUAUAAUAGAAUUUUCUUCUCUGGCUAUUUAGUGUUUUACAUCUGGUGUUUAUGAUAGAUGACAGCCAGUUAGUUGUAAUUAAAAAACAUAAAAGGACUGCAGGAUUUGACCCACGACUAUGUAUCCGUGCAGAAUAACAGCUUUGCUAACAGAACUGAUUUAAACUUUCCUACUAAAAUCCACAGAAAUCCCCCUGACAAAAAAGGGAAAAUUCUUCAGCAAUGAAUGCUAUCUAGAAUGUUCUUUCAGAUAAUUGCAGAUUUCAAAAUAAAACGAAGUUACAUAUUCCUUUCAAUUAGUUUUAAUUGAAGUUAGUUAUGGAUGACUUUCAGAAUCGGUUUUAAAAAAAAUACAAUUAUAUUUCUUUUUUUCCUGUAUUAAUCUUGUGACUUUAUGCUUUUAACAUCUCUAGGUUUUAGCACUCUUCCUUUUUAUUUUAUUUUCUUUUUUUUUCCAGCCUUGUAAAAUUUAGAAUGACAAAUGAUGUAAGAAAACACAACUUUAAACACUGCAUUUUUUUUUUUUGUUUGAGAGGAGAAAUCAGUCUUCAACCUGGAAAUGAAUAAAAUUUCAAUUCAAUCUGAGAUUAAAAUGUAUACAGCCUUUUGGUUUUCUUUGUAAAGGGUGUAAAAAUUGAAAAACAUAAAAUUAAAUUGUUGCACUGGCAGACUUUCUUUUUGAGAAAUUGAAACUGUUUUUUCUACGAAUUCACACUUUAAAAAUGGACAGCAAUUGUUUUAAUUCUGCAGUAAUUGUAAUGGAUGAAGUAGUGAAACCCACAAUCAAAUCUGAAAUCACCUUGUGCUACAUGCUGUAUAACCAAGUGGGGAGACAGGAUAGCGCUUCCAAUGAUUUAAAUCAUCUAAAUAUUGAAGACCAAGUUUGAGCGGUUGGUUAGGGCUGGAAAUGGCACAACCAGAGAGCAGCAGAUCCAGAAAUAAAGUACUGGCUCCCUUCAUUUAUCGCUUCCUGAUGACUGUCCUUUUGACCAGGUGCCUUCCAGAGAACCGCUGCAUUUUUAGUCCUCUAUUUUUCCUUCCUCAAUGAAAUACCUAGAGAACUGUGCUCUGUAAUCAGCAUAACGAAGGCGUUAUGCUGACCACCUUUGAAAGCCUGUGUAGGAAGAGAGUAGGCACAUUAACUCACGACAUCUUUACAAACACAGUGGUCACAUUUUCACCAGCUCGUUUGCAGAUGGAUUAAAUCCAAAUCCUGAUAAUGAUAUUCAGUUCAGAAGAGCAUCUUGCUAAAUUCCUUAGACUCUAGGGAGCCUUUCUGAUCUCCCUGGACUGAAGCAUGUUGCACAUGCUGGGCAUGGGAACCACACUGAAAGCAUGCCUGUACUGAGCUCUGAGGAGAUGAAACAUGGGCUUUCAAUCCAGCCUGUGUGCACAGUACUCACUAGACACUUUUAUGUGUUUGACAAAGAUCACAGAAUGUAUUUCCCUAGGGAGAUUAAUUCUGAAGUGCAUAUUAUCUGGGUGCAGACUGUGAGUUGUAAUGGGGGAAUUCUGGUUGUGCACUGCAACAUAGUUAUUGCAGAUUUUACACAUACAACUGAAAAUAUGUUUUUAAUGUCUUGCAGAUGUGUGAAGCUGGAAAUCACUUUAUCAAUGUAGCUUUAGCUCACCACACUCACUCAGG